AUGACAACCAACCAUAGACCGACUUUGGAAAGUAAGCGAGGGCGUGACGUGGCUAUCAAAAAUACCAUCCAGCAUGCACGUUCUGGACCAGGCCAGAAAUCUUUGAAGCUCCGGCUGGAUAUCUCUGGUGCUCAAAUUGAUCAUGUCCGAGGAAGAAAAGCAUUGGAUGAAUUAGAAAGGGAGACUAAGCGGCACAAAACAUUGGACGAAUUUCUGAAUACUGGAUCGUUUUCACAAGUGGAAGGGGAUGGAUACGAGAGCUUUGACCAAAGCAGUAGCGAGGAAUUGCUUUCCGUGGCAAAGUGUAGUGAUGACGAUGACAGUGACGAAGACGACACCAAUGCCCUUAUGGAAGAAUUAAGAAAGGUCCGAGAAGAGAAAAAAAGCUGUGCUAAGCAGAACACAGCUCUCAUCAGCAAUCCCCUCAUCGCAUCAGAUGGAAGCGAUACGGUAAAUAAGAAAACAUCUUGGAGGAGUUCAGCCAUUUUCUCGAAAGCAAAAAAAGUCCCAGACCAGUCAUUUACUACGGAUACGUUAAACUCGGAUACUCAUAAACAAUUCUUGGCAAAGUAUUUCCGCUAA